CGGUUCACAUAAAGCGAAAGAUUUGAUUCGUUGACAACACUUGAAAAUAUAAUCAAAUUUUACCAACCCACAAUAGUAAAUCAAGUGGCAAUAUUACCUGUCAGUCAAAAAACAAAGCUAGAUCUAGCGGGAAAAAGCUAAAUUGACAACACUGGUCAAUUGUUUCUUUUGUUUACAAAUCAGAAAUUGACAAAUUAACUUCAGUGUAACGAAUAUUUUAUAAUGUAAUUGUUUGUGUAAAAGUAAAACUAGACAAUAAUUUACCAUGGACAAGUUUUUGAUAAAGAAGGCGAAGGUUGCAGAACAACGGCCUCCCACGCAGUCAGUCGAAAGCGAUGGCAGUGAAAGCGACACAGCUGGCGAAAAAAAGGAUCCAAAACGCAAAUUUCGGAAAGAAUGGCUAACCCAAUUUAAUUGGCUCAAAGAGCAAAAUGGGAGCGCAUACUGCACUGCUUGCGAAAAGUCCAUGGUGAACCACGUAGCGAAGCUAAAACGACACACAGAGCAAUCAAGCCAUGUUCAAAAUGUGAUCAAGAAAAAGGGCCAAGUGAAGUUAGAUUCUUUUCUUAAAGAACAAAAUGAUACUUUAGAAAAGCAAAUCCGAAACGCAGAAUUCAGUUUAGUGAUGUUCAUAAUAGCACAUAAUCUUCCAUUUAUCCUUAUGGAUUAUUUGCCAAAUUUGUUAGCCGUGUGUUGUCCGGACUCAAAAAUAGCGCAGUCUUUACGCUGCGGCAGAACCAAAUCGACCCAGCUGGCAGAGAUUUUAGGGAACGAAGCAAUGAAAAGAAUAGUAUCGGAUCUCAGAACGUGUAAAUUCUCUUUGAUUGUGGACGAAACCACGGACGUAUCAACAACAAAGUGUCUGGUUCUGGUGGUAAGCAACGGUUUGACUUUGGAAGAACUGAUUUAA